GCUGAAUGGAAUGCUAACCAAGUUCAGUCAAAAUGUCUAGUAAAGAAGUAAAAGCUGAACUAAAAAGUGCCAGGGAAGCCAUCAAAAAUAAAGAGUUUAAAGAAGCUUUGAAACAUUGUAAGGCUGUUCUCAAACUUGAGAAGAAUAACUAUAAUGCCUGGGUGUUUAUUGGAGUGGCAGCUACAGAGCUGCAGCAGCCGGAUCAGGCACAGACCGCCUACAGAAAGGCCACUGAACUGGAGCCAGAACAACUGCUUGCAUGGCAGGGUUUAGCAAAUCUGUAUGAAAAAAGUGACCAAGCAGAUUUCAAAGCUGAGCUGCCAAAGAUUUAUCAGAAACUUAUUACACUGUAUGAAACUUCAGACAAAGCAAAAUGUUUUGAAGUGAGCAAGAAGUUGGUGGAAAUCUAUCAGUCGGAGAAGAACUACUUACAGGUGGCCAGAGUGUGGCGAAGGUUAAUUCAGGUGAGGGAGGGAGAGGCAGGUGUGGAGAAUUCGGAGCUGCUGGAACUGUGGAAGGAGAUGACCAGACUCCUGCAGGACACUGUUGAAGAUCAGGACAAUGAGACUCAGCAGCAUUUGAUAUCAGCAUUUGAAAGAGCUUUGGAAAUGACAGUAGAUGUACCCAGUGAAACCCACAGAAGUCUUUCACAGGAUUACAUUAAAUGUCUUUCUAAGCUUCCUCAUGAGGUGGCCAAGCUAAAGGAAGUUUGUGAUGCCACACUGUCCCGCUAUCCGACACACUCCUACCCUCUACAGGCCCUCAGUGAGCACUACAUCAGAACAGGUGACUGCAGUGAGGAAGCUGUCGGCUGUUUCAGCCGUCUCUCAGAACUGGAUCCAAACAACUCACAUGCUCACUUUGGUCUCGGUAUUAAAGCUUGUCAGGAUAAAAAAUAUGAGGAUGCCAUCAAAAGUAUUAGUCUAGGACUGAAGAGUAUGUGCUCCUCCAUCAUUGGCUGGUAUAAUCUGGCUCUGGCUCAACUAAAAAUGCAUAAAUACUCUGACAGUGCCACAGCUUCCAGCCAAGGGCUGAAGUCGAGUGUGGCGAACUCUGAUUGGACUCAUAAACUGCAGAGGCUGAAAAUAGAGGCUCUGGUGAGGACAGGAAGAGACCAGGAUGCUGAUGAAGCUCUGCAGAUCCUUACACAGAUUUCAGAUGCCAAAAAUGACCCAGUGCUUUUAGCGUUGAAAGGAAAAGCUCACUUGCAAAAAGGUCAAACUGAGGAAGCAUUUCAGGUUUCAGCUGAGCUGCUGAGCUCUCACCCAGGAUCCGUAGAGGGUCUCAGUCUGAAGGGCCUGGCACAUGUUGCUAAAGAACAGUACAAACAAGCUGAAGAGAGCUUUCUAGAGGCUUUAUCUGGAAGUCCAGAUAAUGGGGAGUUGUUCUUUCUCUUGGGGCGCUUGUACUGGAACAUGGGAGAGGAAAUGCGAAGGGAUCGCAGCAAAGCCCAUACGCAUUUACUCAAGGCUGCUAAACUGGACCCGUAUCUUGGUUCAGUGUUUCGUUUCCUGGGUCAUUACUAUAGAGAGGUAGCAAAGGAUCAAGGCAGAGCUAGAGGCUGCUAUAAGCGAGCGUUUGAGAUGGAUUCAUCUGAUGCGGAGGCUGGAGCGGCUACUGUAGACCUCAGCAUGGAGCAGGGGGACAUGGACUCAGCUCUGACUGUUCUGCAGUCCGUAACAGAGAGAGCCACUCCUGGCUCUGCUAAAUGGGCCUGGAUGAGGAGAGGUCUCUACCACCUCAAGAUUGGCCAGCAUCAACAGGCCAUUGCAGAUCUGCAGGCGGCGUUGAGGGCUGAUCCUCAAGACUGGGUGUGCUGGGAAUGUUUAGGUGAGGCUUACCUGAACCGCAGGAGUUUCACAGCAGCCAUGAAAGCCUUCGAUAAAGCACAUACAUUGCAGCCCACUUCUAUCUACAGCCUCUAUCAGACCGCCGCCAUCAAACAGAUCCUCGGCCGGUUUAAAGAGGCCGCUGCUGAGUACAGGCAGAUCUUAGAGCAGGAGGACUACGUCCCGGCACUGAAAGGUCUGGGUGAAUGCUUGCUAGCCCUGGCUAGAAGUGCACUGGAUGACUAUCUUGAUGGAAGAGCUGUAGAUCUGAUACAGAACGCCAUUCAUUACAUCUUCAGAGCUGUAAAGCAAAGGCCAGACCUGUCGUGCCUGUGGAAGUUACUAGGUGAUGCCUGCACCACCUCCAGAAUUGUGUCCCCAAACCGAGCCAAAGUGCUGGUGCCUGGAGCUCUAUGUGGAAUGGACCCACCCGAUCAGAGCCAGACACUGGACCAGAGACAGCUCCUCACUCUAGGAGAAAGGUGUUUUGGUCGUGCUUUGAAACUGAUGCCUGAGGCCCCCAGUCUGUGGUGUGACCUUGGCCUGAACUACCACCACCAAUCCAGACUGCUCAGCUGCCUGUAUCCUGAAGAGAAUCCGCAGCCUCUGCUGGAGAAAGCCGUGCAGUGUGUGAAGAAGGCGAUCAUGCUCGACAGUGCAAAUCACACAUACUGGAACGCCCUCGGGGUGGUCGCGAUGGCCAAGGGAAUAGAAAACUUUGCACUUGCUCAACAUUGCUUUAUCAAAUCAAUAAAAGCUGAAUCAAAUAAUGUGGUUGCGUGGACCAACCUUGGUGCUUUGUAUCUGAAGAAGGGAAAUAUAGAGCUCUCUCAUGAAGCUUUCAAAAUUGCUCAGUCUCUAGAGCCCCUCUAUGUGAACUGCUGGAUCGGACAGGCCCUCAUUGCUGAGACAGUGGGCAGUUAUGACACCAUGGAUCUCUUCAGACACACCACUGAACUGAGCACACAUACCGAGGGCGUGAAGGGUUAUGCGUACUGGGUUUGCUCUACACUGCUGGACAGGAGCAAAAGAGACUCUGAGGUCUACCUCUACAACAUAGUCCAGAUGAACGCCGUCUCUGCUGCCCAGGUGGCUCUGAGCAAGUACACUGAGAGGAUUCAGACAGACCCAGACGCCUUCAUCAUGCUCGGAUACCUGAACACACACCUGCAGCUGAGAAAACAGGCCACUGAGGCAUAUCGCAGAGCUGUUGAGUUGCUUCAGGCGUCCCCUCACACUGACAAGCUCAGCUUUGCUCUGAGGGGUUACGGACGUGCCCUCAGUGAUGAUGGGCAGUGGGAAGAAGCAGUGCGUAUUUAUUCCUCCACACACCUAGAGGAGCUGCAUGAUCUCAUCGGGCUUGCGCUCGCCUGUUUCAGAAUCGGUCGCCUGCCAGAGAGCGUUCAGGCCUAUGAAAAAGCCCUCGCAGUUGCCUCUAGCGAGAAGGAAAAGGCCUGUAUACUCACUGCACUUGCCUUGAUACAGCACAGGCUGGGCAGCAUCGAUCAUGCCAAAACUCUUCUCUUCAAGUGCUCUAUGCUGAAAGAGCCUGUCCCAGAGAGUCUGCAGUGUCUGUGUGCUCUGGGUUUGGUUCAUGGUGACGUUACCCUGGCAAGUGCUACGCUUACUGAGCUGCUUAAACUGAAGGAUGCUGUAGGAGGCGCUGUGGAGGACCGCUGUCUGCUCACUUGCACCCUGCUGGCCCUGCAGGGCAACUUUAGCGGCGUACACAGGGAGGCUUCUAGGGCUAUACACAGGAACCCAGGAAAUCCAUCUCUCUGGGCUCUUCUCUCCAGACUGGUCCCACAGUACUGCCCCAACAAAGCUGAUGGAGGUGCUGUGGCCGGCAGUGUGGCGUGUCAUGCCAGCUUGACGCUUGGAAAGAGGGCGUUGCUGUACAGUGGAGUGAAUCAGUUGGCCUCAGGCCGGCACUCUGGACAGGACAGAAAACGCAACGCUCUGAAAACAAUCCAGAGAGCUGUGCUGCUGUGCCCAGACGAUCCUGCUGGGUGGGCGGGGCUAAUGGCCGCCUGUCACACAGAGAACACAGCAUGCUUACUCACAGGCUCUGCCCCUCACAGAGAAGAUCUGGAGAGGGCGCACAUGACCCUGGUGUCUGAAAAAGUGAAGGGCCUGCAGACAGAGGACGGGCUCUUGGCUCAGGCUCUGGAGGGCUGGGUGCUGCAGCAGGCUGUGACUGGACUCAAACAGAGCAGCCAAUAUGACCAGGCAGAGACUCUUUGCUCCCAGGUUCUGAGUGUUUCACCAGAGCAUCCUGUGGUGUUCCUGAUGUUAAGGCAGGUUCAGUGUGAGCGCCUCCUGUUGUCUGAAGCUGGGAACCGUGUUCCUCCUGCAGUGCUGGAUCAGCUCAGUGCUGCUGUCAUGGCCAACCACACAUCUGUGUCCGCCUGGCAUUGGUUGGCAGAAGUGUACCGCUCUCAGGGUCUGUUGGCUCAGGCCUCUGUGGCAUAUAAACAGAGUCUUCAGGUGGCCUCUCAGCUCGGUGACCACAUCGGGAAAAUGAGCAGCUUGCUCCGACUAGCCCUGCUGGCGCUCAGGCCAUGUUUGGCUGGUGUCUGUGUCUCUGAGUGGAAGAAUCUGGUGUUGGAGGCCAGCGCUGAAGUCUUAAAGAUGGGCAGCUCACCAGUAGCUCUGCUCUUCCAAGCCUUACUGCAGUUCUCUAUAAAGAUUGGUGCCAGGGAAACUCGCCGACUGUUGGAAAAGAUUGUUUAUGCUUCAGCCUCAGGGAGCUCUGAAACAAUAGCAUCAGUGGCACGUUGGUACCUCCUGCGCCACCUGCACGCCAAAGAUGACCUGGAGCUGAUAGAUACUUUGUUGGUGAAGGCUGAAGCUGCAGGAGACAGCAGAUUGGUGGAUUUCCACAAACGUCUUUACCCAUCCAGCUGAGACAGUCCACCAUCCCUGCAUCCCUCUGGAAACCUGCACUUCAUCAUCUAACUGUCAAGCAGCUCCAGUUGUUCUGCUUCAUCUCCUAGCAGUUUACCCACCGAUCAAAGUAUUUGCAAAUCUGAAAGUCUUUACAUGACCAAGUACAUUUCAUUAUGUACGGACAUCUCUGCUAAGCUAAUUUAAAAAGAUACUUGAUCUAUAUGAAUGGUUCUUUUAAUAGCAGUUUAUGGUGUAACUGAAUUAGCCUGUGCUUGGUGUAUUGCAUUCACAUGGGUGCUGACACAUGAGAAAUUACAUUAAUGAUUCAUGAUUAUUUUUAUGUGCCAUCCCCACAGCGUCAGUUUUUCGCCAUAAUUAGUAGAGCCACAGGAGUCAGCUGACUGUAGUAAACUAAAUCUACUGCUACUGCUAUUAUGUAACUCAAAAGAGUCUUUGCUUCAGAGCCAAAAUCACUAUUGGGCACAUUUGAAAGUGCAGCAGUGGGAUAUCUGCUCUUCAAAUUGUCUAUUUAUGAUCAGAGAAGCCAAGAAUUCAAAUGAAUUGCUUUUUAUUUAACGCAUAGUUAUCUUUGCCCUACAGAAGCACUGGCAGAACUAAUGGACCUCUGCUUUUCCCCGUUAUUUUCAAAUAACUGACUUUGCUCAUCUUUGCAGAACUGCCAUACAGUCGACUGCAGAAAGCCAUUGAGUCUCUGAAAUAUUAAAGGAUUAGCUCAUCCAGAAAUAAAAAUUCUGUUAUUAACUGCUCAUUUUCAUAUCUUUCCAAACCCGUAAGACCUUUGUUCAUCUUUGGAAAGCAAAUUAAGAUAUUUUUGAUGAAAUUUAAGAGCUAACUGUUGAACCACUGAUGUCAUAUGAACUCUUUUAUCAAUGUCCUUACUACCAUUCUGGGCCUUCAACUUGUCAGUUAAGUUGCUGUCUAUGCAUGGCCAUAAAGGUCUUGGAUUUCAUCAAAAAUACCCCAAAAUAUUUGUGUUUCGAAGAUGACCAAAGGUCUUACGGGUUUGGAACGACAUGAGGGUGAGUAAUUAAUGACAGAAUUUUCAUUUUUGGGUGAACUAUCCCUUUAGAGCAUAUAUGUGACAACAGAAAAAAGGGAAUAACAGUAAUGAUUUAUGAUGUUGGGUGUAUUUCUGCUUUACAAGUAUGAAUUUGUGGCUUGGAAAAUUAAAUGAAAACAAAACCA